AUGGAGGAGAUCCAGAGCUUCAUCCUGGAAGCUAUCGUGGAGGAACAGGAGACAAGGGGUUCUGAUCUUCACCUAUCUGAUAACAAGAGAUCUGGUGGUGGCUACAGUGAAAGUGGCAUCACUGCAAGGGACUGUGUGCUGCUGUGUGUGCCCUGUGUACAUGCUGCAGACUGUCUGCUAGUCUGCUGCUGUAUGUGCCCUGUGUACAUACUGCAGACUGUCUGCUGCUGUGUGUGCCCUGUGUACAUGCUGCAGACUGUCUGCUGCUGUGUGUGCCCUGUGUACAUGCUGCAGACUGUCUGCUGCUGUGUGUGCCCUGUGUACAUACUGCAGACUGUCUGCUGCUGUGUGUGCCCUGUGUACAUACUGCAGACUGUCUGCUGCUGUGUGUGCCCUGUGUACAUACUGCAGACUGUCUGCUGCUGUGUGUGCCCUGUGUACAUACUGCAGACUGUCUGCUGCUGUGUGUGCCCUGUGUACAUACUGCAGACUGUCUGCUGCUGUGUGUGCCCUGUGUACAUACUGCAGACUGUCUGCUGCUGUGUGUGCCCUGUGUACAUACUGCAGACUGUCUGCUGCUGUGUGUGCCCUGUGUACAUACUGCAGACUGUCUGCUGCUGUGUGUGCCCUGUGUACAUGCUGCAGACUGUGUGCUGCUGUGUGUGCCCUGUGUACAUGCUGCAGACUGUCUGCUGCUGUGUGUGCCCUGUGUACAUACUGCAGACUGUCUGCUGCUGUGUGUGCCCUGUGUACAUGCUGCAGACUGUCUGCUGCUGUGUGUGCCCUGUGUACAUACUGCAGACUGUCUGCUGCUGUGUGUGUGCCCUGUGUACAUACUGCAGACUGUCUGCUGCUGUGUGUGCCCUGUGUACAUGCUGCAGACUGUCUGCUGCUGUGUGUGCCUGUCUGCUGCUGUGUGUGCCCUGUGUACAUGCUGCAGACUGUCUGCUGCUGUGUGUGCCCUGUGUACAUACUGCAGACUGUCUGCUGCUGUGUGUGCCCUGUGUACAUACUGCAGACUGUCUACUGUGA